AUGGGCUUUCGUGUGGUCGCUCCAACGAUGUUAGGCUAUGGAGAUACCAACAAGCCAGUCGAUCCUUCCGAAUACACGACAAAGAAGUUCUCGUGGGUGAAAUUUCUGACGGAAAGGAUUGAAGGAGCAGGAUUCGUUGCGACAAUGGCACUCCUGUGUGAAGAUUGUGCUGCUCUUCGUCGGACCAUAUGGUAUAGAAGCAAAGGACGUUGUUUUGAGAAAGUGCUAACCGUCAAACGUGUAAACCUUGGAGUCAAGGGAAUUUUUCAAUUCGGCAUGAUUAUCAACGGCCAGGAGCGGUCCGGAUUCAACUUGCGACGAUACAUCCCCUUGAUCUACAAAGACUCCGGCUUACUAUCACAGAGGAUACUACUCGAACAAUGA